AUGAGUGCCAAAAUGUUAUUAUAUAGUUUUUCUUUGUUGCCUGUUGUAAUAUCAUGGAUUGGAGUGCUCGCUGAAGAGGAAGUUUCAUCUCCUUUGCGUGUAGCACAAUGUAGAGCGACAUGCUUGCAAAAGUUCGCGGCGCCUCGGCCUGGCGGGGAGUCAUCGUGUUUGCAAGGCCCCGACUGUUUUAUGUGCUGGGAAAAUUGUGAACUACUCCAAUCUAACUAUCAAGUAUGGGGUGCAGUGUGCGAUGAAAAAGAUAUAUGUUUCCCAGGCUGCAAAGUUGCUUGCGAAUUCCACUCAGAAGCAGCAAGGGCAUCUCAAACGCAACCAGUCAUUCAUACUAAAGGAGAGGGUGUAAUGCGAGUUAGCGGUGCUCUAGCCCGUUGGCCACCUCCAGUACCAAGAACUACUACCCGACCGGCUCCUUUAGUCUACGUAGUCAUGCGUCGUGCUGCUGAAGGCCCUUGGCGUCAAAUCAUACAAACACAAGCAUUAGCAACACGUGUACCCUCGAACAACGAAGGUGCACUUCUUCGAGUUCUUGUCGUAGAUCCGCAAGGUCUCGUUACUAUUUAUAGUCCCGAUGAAACUUGGUUAGCCCGUGAUACUAAUUCUUCGAAUCACGAUGAACAUAAAUGGACCCUCAAAGAAAUAUCGCUCAUACAUCAAAAAGUUCUUGUUAUUGGUGAAAUUGCUUGGGAGCCUAGGAUUGUUCGUGGCGUUUAUCUUGUAACGUGGGAAGUAGAUGGUGGGGGUUUAAAAGGAAAUCUUUUUACUGAUUCUACUCGUGUCACAUUAUCACUCUGGCCAGAUACAAUAUACCAUAUUCAAGUGGAACUAGUAUCUCGUACGCCGGGCGUUGAUAAUGAGAAAUCUGAGACAAUGACCAUUGAUACAAGUCGAGCUCAACGUGUUUCAACAGAAAGUGUGCAAGAUGUUGAAGUUAGUGAAGGAGAUCGUUUAAUGUCAGUACUAGUAAGUUCAAUGAGAGGUGAACGUGUUCCCGAACGGGCUCCCGAUUCAGAACUAGUACUGGGAUGUUUGUCAGCAAUGAUUGCUUUUGGUUUAGCUGCACUUGCUGCUAUUGUAUGGCGACGGAGACGACGAGGCACGUUUCCUGGGACUAACGUUUAUGUUGGAUCCUCAUCUGUAUUGAAACGUAAGCUUGUAGAAGAUUUCAUUCCUGCAAAUCAUAGUUUUCAACCUGUGCUUACGCAAGGAACAACUGCUAAUGAAAACGUUGUACACGACGUCAUAGUGUGA